AUGAAAGGUAGCAGCAGGAAAGUCCCAGGCAUGCCAUUCAUCAAUGGAAGGAAGGACAGAGAUGAGGAUCUUCUUCUGUUCAAGGAAUUGCAUAGACGGGAAAAAGACCGGCUUGCCUGUCUCCUUCAGCCUGUUUCUGAUGAGUUUGAGCCUAAUAUUGCUGGGAAUCAUGCACUCUAUAGAAUUGCAUCUGGCAGGAAAGGUUCUGGAUACGAAUUGUUUGGCGAAAACGAUAAAAAUGAUUAUGACUGGUUGAAAACGCCGCCAGCAACUCCUCUGUUUCCUUCCCUAGAAAUGGAAGCGAACGCCCCGGGAAAUAUUUUCCAGCGGGAGAUACCGAUAAUUCAACCUCUCUCGAGGUUUGCAGACAAUACAGACGCAUUGAAGGGAAGUACUGUAACACUAAGGACUCCAAAUUCAAAACCUAAUAAGAUCCCUCAAAGAUCAGUAACCCCAGGUCAAAAACAAAGAAUCUCAACAUCAACUGAAAAUAAGAACAGCAAGGUAGCAGCACAAAUUCUGAACCAGAAAAUGGCCCAAUUGACAACAGAUUCGAAUAGAAAAACAAGUGUGAUUGUAAACUCAGCCAAACCCACUAACCAAAAAUCAAGUCAAACAAAUUUACUGUCCUUGAACCUUUCCAAGGAUAUAAAAACAAAGCCUGAAAAUAGAGGUGUGUCGCCUUCUGUCAGGUCAACAAUUGCAGCUCAAAUUCCAGGAUUUUCCAAUGACACGCCUCCUAAUCUUAGGACAGAUCGUGCAACUUCUGCUACUAGGGGCAGACCUGUUGCAGCCAAUCCAACAGCGUCAGUUCGUCAAAAACAAGACCCCGCUCCAAGGCCACGAAGGCAAUCCUGCUCACCAAGUGUGACAAGGGGUCGAAAAGAGAGCAAUGAAGAAAACUUGACCACUUCAAAAGGGAAAGCUGUAACGGGAAAUAACGGAGCUCAAAUUUUCGGAAGCAGAAUGGUAGACAAGGUAAUGAAUGCUAGAAAAUUGGGAGUUGAAGAAAGAGAAGCCAAGCCAAAGCAACAAAGUGCUACUAAAUCUGCUAAUAGUAGUGCUAAUGCAAGUCCUAGUCAUGGUUUUGGCAGGAUGAUGAUGACGACUAAGAGUCAAAUGGACAUGGCUUUCAAGCAUAUGGUGAUAGCAAAAGAUCGGAUCAAUUCUCGUCACCUUGGCAUUACCUCUGGCAGAAGCUCUGGCCAGAAUGAGCUCGACUAG